AUGGAUGAAGCAACAUCGGGCACACUGCCCGUAUUCUUGAACGUCAACUCAAUUGAUAUCAUAUCGAAUCAGUCGGGCACUCAUAAGCAACUGAUCACUCUCUUCAAUCCUUAUGAUUUUCCGUUAUCCUACAAAGUGCUGUGCACGGCACCGAAGAAAUAUUCUGUAAUUGAACCACGUGGUGUUUUGAAGGCAAGGUGUUGUGUGGAUAUUGUUAUCCGGCAUUUGGAAGCACACAUCCGUUCCAACAUUGGUACUACAGAUCGUUUCAGAUUUGAGACUUGUAAAUAUGGCGAUAAAGAGCUGUGCGGUCGAAAGGAUGUUGUGGUAAGGUUGUUGCAAAACGCACCAGCUGAUAGUUUCGCACGUCCGUCUGCCUUCGACCGAUCCAGUUUUCAUGCGAGCUUUCCAUCGAACGGUCAAUCUACACUUACUUCGCCUCAGUAUGCGUUCCCAACAGCCCCGACUACUGUAUCACCGAUUGUUUCGAGUUCAUCAUCACAUUGGUUAGCCGUAGUAGCAGCGUUGAUGUGUAUCGGUGCGCUAAUGUUACCCACACAAGGCGAUAACUUACCUUCGCUACUGCCUAAUUACCUUCACCUGUCUGUGCCUCAAAAACUUGUGGCUGCUUAUGUGCUUGGCAUCGUCACAAUGCUUAUCAUCAAGCCAACUUGA